CGAGAAACGGCAACAAGCGAGCAGAAGCAGGAAAGUGGUGCGAGCGACAGCAGCGAGAAACAUGAGCGGUGGAGCGCACACCAGUGGUGGUGAUGGUGGUGGGUUGCAGCAGGGUAAGAGUGGGGGCGGUGGAUUUGGUAGUGGCGGCGAGAUGCCGGUUGUCUCAGACACACGUCUCUUCAUCGGAAACCUCGAUACACGCGUCACAGAAAAGCACCUGAUCAAGCUGUUUUCAAAGUAUGGCCAGAUUGAAAACCUCAACUUCCUGUGGAACAAGGUGGGCCCCAAGCGCGGCCUUCCACGUGGCUACUGCUUCCUCACCUUCAAGCACGCAGCGAGCGCAAGAGAGGCCGUGGCGAAACUGCACGGGCGCAAGGCGUUUGGACGAGCCAUCGUCGUCAGUCCCGCGCACGAGCGCGUGUAUAACCAGUCACAGUCGUCCUCAAACUCGCUCUCAUCAGCCGCAGCAGAAGAGAACAUGCCACUCGAUGCCUCGCGAAGGAUUGCCUUGUUUGAGAUGAAGCUGCAACAGCUGCGCGGUGACGCGCCAGGGCCAUACUCAACACAGCAGCAGCAGCAACAAGCAGAACAACAAGGACAGAAAGGAGAGACAGGCAAAGAACAAGCAGCAGAAGCAGCCGCUGAGAAGAGGAGGAAGGAGGAAGAGGAUCAGGAGGAAGGAAGUGAAGAGACAAAUGGCAAUGAUGGUGGUGAAGACAACCAACAGAGCGCCACAGCAGCAGACAAGGAGGAGCGGGGCAAGGAAGAGAAGGGCAAACAAGACGAGCAGACGAAAGAGAAGGAAGACAAGAAGGACAAGAAAGGAGGGGGUGCAGAGGGUGAAUCGACCACGGACAAGAGCACAGGGGAGCCACCAGCCAAACAAGCCAAACAGGCGUGAUGUGACACAUGACAUGGUGUUUGCUCUGGGUCGUGCGGCCUUGAGCUCUCACGUCAUGUUCAGACUUUGUAUUGCUUCUUGCGCGUACAUGCACUGUGUAAAUGAAAAGCACCCCCUCAGG